UAUCUAUAAAUACAGAUCCCAGUUAGUAAACAUUCAUCUAUCUGGGCUUCAAGAAUUUGCCUGGUCAUGGAAAUCAGAAUGGCAUCCCAACAAGAAAAUAGGAAAUAUUAUGCUUUGGCUCUUUUUGUCGUUGUUUCAUUCUGCAUAACCCAUACAGAUGGUGAGAAGAUAGGAGUAUGCUAUGGAAUGCUUUCCAACAGUAUGCCUUCUAAAACCGACGUGGUGAAUCUACUGAAGUCGAGAAAUAUAGGAAAGGUGAGAUUAUACGACGCAAAUAGGGACGCCCUGCAGGCACUGAAGGGUUCUGGAAUCGAAGUGAUUGUGGGAGUGGGCAACAAUGAGCUUCAGAAGAUUGCAGGUGAUCCGGCUGCAGCAAAAGGAUGGGUCGAUGACAACAUUCGCCCAUUUUCUUCUUCUGUCAACAUCAAAUACAUUGCGGUAGGAAACGAGGUUUACGCAAAUUCGGGACUCGUUCAGUAUCUCCUGCCCGCGAUGAACAACAUCCAGACAGCACUGCGUAACGCCAAUCUGCAGAACAUCAAGGUCUCCACACCACAUGCAGCGUCCGUGCUGUCCAAUUCAUAUCCUCCUUCUCAGGGAUCUUUUCGUCCGGAUCUGAGCGGUAUACUUAAGUUUCUCUCAGAUAACGGCUCCCCUUUCAUGGCCCAGGUCUAUCCAUAUUUCAGUUACAAAGGCAACAGGAAUUCAAUGUCAGCAGACUAUGCGUUGUUCAGAUCGGCAAGUACUGUGGUGUCUGAUGGCGGUCGAAUGUAUAAGAACUUGUUCGACGCUAUGGUGGACGCUUUUAUAUCUGCUAUGGAAAAGGCGGGACACCCCAAUAUUCCGAUUGUGAUAACUGAAAGUGGGUGGCCUUCAGCAGGCACUGAUAUAGCUACUGUGGACAAUGCCCGGACAUACAACAACAAUCUCAUCAGGCAUGUUUUGUCCACUGACGGAACACCAAAAAGGCCUGGAAGGACAAUUGAGACAUAUAUUUUUGCACUUUUCAAUGAGAACCAAAAGGAUGGGGAUGAGGACGAGCGCCAUUUUGGUCUGUUUGAAACCAAUAAAAGUCCUGUAUACCAGGUGAACUUCUCACCUUGAUGAGGAACCAAUAUAUCUUUUAGGUCUAGGUCUUCGUGGCCAUAAAUAAAGUGGUAAUUACACUCCACACAACACGUUUAAGCUAUAAUAAAAUAGGAUUUGUCCUGUCGCCAUCCUCAUCACUGAGAGCAAAUAAAUCUUUCAAUAAAUAUUAUAUUAAUACCGUAUUUCAUGGUU